AAAUAACACAACAACCGAGCUGGCCAACAAAAGCUAGUGCUGCUUCUCUGGAUCCAAGGUUCGAGCAACUGUCUCAGCGCGCCCUGGAGGAUCUAGUCGCCGAGGCUUUACCUACAUAUAUAACCUUCAACGUGGUGGAUGUUGUCACGGAAUUGCUCAAUAAGGAGAUUGUUGGGGGGAAAUACACCAGUUAUGCGUGAGCUUGUACACGGUCUGGCCGAAGUUUACUGCCUGAGCGAUGCUACACAAGCGGGUAAUCCGAUCGUGUUUGCAUCAGAAGUUCUACAACACUACUCAACAUGGAAGUGGAUAUGCGAUCGGAAAAGCUUGUCGCUUUCUUCAGGGGCCGGAGACCGACAAGCGUGCCAUUGCAAGGAUGGACAAGGCUUUUCAGGAGCAAAAAGAGGUCGCUGAGACUAUGGUGCAGUAGUCCGUUCAAGGACAACAAAGGAGCUGUCCGCUACUUCAUCGGCGCUCGAAUUGACGUAACGCAACUGAUCGAAGGGGGCAAGACGAUCGACUCUUUCCAU